AUGGACGACCCGACGAUUUUCAUUCAUUGGUUCUCUAGCCUCCUGGCCUUCUCAAUCAUGAUGGUCAGACUGACGUGGAAGAAAAUUGCCAAGCAAGAGUUCAACGUUGGUGACUGGUUUACCCUCGCGGCCAUCGUCUGCGUGAUGACCCGGCUGGGCCUUAUUCAUGUCGUCUUGACCUGGGGCACAAACAACGUGUCUGCGUCGUAUCGUAAAACUCACAUGUUUACCGACGAAGAGAUUUACAGGCGGGAGAUUGGCAGCAAGCUGUCCAUUGUCAACCGGGUCUUUUACAACUCUUAUCUAUGGCUGCAGAAGCUUGUACUACUGGACGUCUAUCGUCGGCUGAUGUCGACCAUCCGUCAAGAAACAUUUGUCAUGUGGUUCUACGGCGUCGUCUUUUUCGGCACCUAUGCCGCCUGCCAGGUGACGACAUUCAGUGAAUGCAAUCCCUUCCACUUAUAUUGGCAGGUUAUUCCUGACCCAGGCUCGUGUGCCAAGGCACAAAUGCAACUUGUAGUUGUCGGCGUUCUUAAUAUCAUCACCGACUUUAUGCUCCUUAUUUUGCCACUGCCGUUGGUCUUCUCACUGAAGACCCCUUGGCAACGCAAGCUCCAGCUUUACAUUCUUUUCACACUGGGAAUUUUUAUCAUUGCCAUUACCGUCAUCCGUCUCCCGAUUAAUGUCACCAAUAAGGAUAGCCAGGUCAACCGAACGACCUGGGCCAGCACCGAAUUGCUGACCGCCGCUAUCGUCGUCAAUGCCCCAACUCUGUAUGGAUUGUGGAACAAGACAAGGAAAGCGAAGUCAACAGUGAAGACCUCUGGGUACCCAUCAGGGCUUAAUCAUUAUGGUGGAGAAAGCAACGUAUUGACGAGUCACCGGUCUACAGUUAUACGCACCAACCAGGAUGAAUCUUUUCUUAUGAACUCGCGGCACAAGAUGGGACAUAUGGAUGGAAUCAUACAAACGAAGGAGGUAAUCGUCUCAGAGUUCAGGCAGGAGGCAGAUCGUAAAGGCAGGAAUUACAUACAUCUGUCUGAUGAUAUGGAGAAUGUAACGAGCCAUUCAAGUAAUCAUGGUAUGCUCACGAGGUAA